AUGAUACAGUGUCAACACGCACCAAAAAAAGUCAAAGAUGUACUUGCUGAACUCGAACAAGAUUCAUCAUGGUUGACACAUAAACAUGAUGAACAACUUGAUUAUAAAGGAUUUAAACAAUUUCUUAUUGCUUAUCUUGAUAAUACCGAACUUCCAGAAGAAUUAUGUCAACAUUUAUUUCUUUCAUUUAUUAAAAAACCAAUUUUAUCAGCAGAAAAAGAUGCCGGACCAACUUCUACGCUGGCAAUGUUACCGACGGCGACGAAAAUUAAUCAACAAUCAAGUUUAAAUAUGGAUGGUGUAAAUAACAGCAAUAUUCCAGGAUUUCUCAAGUUUACAGAAAAAUUUCGAUAUCAUAAUCGAGAUGUUGAUUCAUCGUUGAGGAAGGGUAUUUGUUCGACGGGCAAACAUCAACAAAAUCUUCUUCGUCGUGCCGGUUCACAUGAACAAAAUGAAGCAGUAUCACCCAAUAAUUCACGAAACUCAUCACGUAAAUCAAAUCCUUCCAUUCAUUCGAUUCAUUCACUUCAUACUAAUGUUACAUCUAAUACCAAUGAUGAUAUAUGGAUUCGACAAUCUAUUUCCCAUUCACUAUUUAAAAUUUCUGAUAAAGAAAUUAGCAAACAAAUUGAUAUUAAUUUAGCAAAAAUUUAUCUUAAAGAUAUUGUGUGCUAUUUUUCAUUACUCGAAGGUGGUUCACCAGAACAAAAACUUGAAUUCAUGUUUAUGUUAUAUGAUGAAGAUGAUAAUGGUAUAUUAGAUAAACAGGAAACGGAUUGUAUUGUGACUCAAAUGAUGAAUGUUGCCGAAUAUCUGGGAUGGGAUGUGACAGAAUUACGUCCUAUAUUGGAAUCAAUGAUGAAAGAAAUUGAUUAUGAUGGAGAUGGAGAAGUGACGCUUGAAGAAUGGAAAAAAGGCGGUUUAACAACUGCACCAUUAUUAGUAUUAUUAGGAUUAGAUUCGAAUGUGAAAGACGAUGGGACACAUGUUUGGCGUCUAAAACAUUUCAAUAAACCAGCCUAUUGUAAUUUAUGUUUAACAAUGUUAGUUGGACUAGGAAAACAAGGAUUAUGUUGCACGUUUUGUCGAUACGUUGUUCAUGAACGUUGUGCAAAUAGAGCACCGGCAUCGUGUGUCUCAACAUAUUCUAAAGCAAAAAAAGCUGAUAAUACUAUGUUACAUCAUUGGAUCGAAGGAAAUUGUCCGACAAAAUGUGAUCGAUGUAAAAAAUCAAUAAAAACUUACAAUGGCAUAACCGGUUUACAUUGUCGAUGGUGUCAGUUGACGCUACAUAAUAAGUGCGCAUCACAUGUCAAACCAGAGUGCACAUUGGGCAUGAAUCGUGAACAUAUUUUACCUCCUUCUUGUAUAUCGCCCGCUGUUUUAGAACGUCAAAAAACAUUACCACGUGGUGGAUUAAAACGAGAAGAAUCUUCAUGUGAGGGAUCAAUACAGUCAUUUCAAAUUAAUCCGCCUUCGAACACACAUCCUCUCUUAGUUUUUAUCAAUCCCAAAAGUGGUGGAAAACAAGGUGAAAGGAUAAUGCGAAAAUUUCAAUAUUUAUUGAAUCCUCGGCAGGUGUUUAAUUUAAUUAAGACUGGACCGAUGCCUGGAUUACAAUUUUUUAAAGAAAUUGAAGAUUUUCGAGUUCUCUGUUGUGGGGGUGAUGGUACAGUUGGCUGGGUAUUAGAUGUUAUGGAUAAACUAGUUUUACGUCGUCGUGCUCCCGUUGCCGUGCUUCCAUUAGGUACAGGAAAUGAUCUUGCAAGAUGUUUAUCUUGGGGUGGUGGCUAUGAAGGUGAAUCACUGAAUAAAGUUUUAAAAAAAGUGUCACAAGCUCCUGUUGUUAUGCUUGAUCGCUGGCAAAUAGAAUUUUCAACAAGAAAUGAUAUUGAAGAGAAGGGUGAUCCGAUACCAUAUAACAUUAUAAAUAAUUAUUUUUCUAUUGGCGUGUGUGAUGGUGUAUCAUUAGAUUUGGCAAACGGACCGUCUCUGGAAGGCAUAUCACUCCUCAAUAUACCUAGUAUUUACGGUGGUAUAAGUUUAUGGGGCGAAAGUUCAAGAAAAAAUAGAAAUAAAGCCCAAUUGAAUUUUCAACGCAAAGAUUCUGAAUAUUCAACAAGUAGUACAUCAGAAAUGACAUUUGUGUUGCAAGAUGUUGGAGAUAAAUUGAUCGAAGUUGUUGGUGUCCAAAGUGCACUGCAUGCUGGAUCAAUUUAUGCUGGAAUUCAUUCAUCAGCCAAACGUCUUGGUCAAUGUUCAACAGUGGUCAUUCGAACGAGAAAAUCAUUUCCAAUGCAAAUUGAUGGCGAACCUUGGUUACAACCACCGUGCACAAUUUCGAUUACACAUAAAAAUCAAGUACCUAUGUUAAUGGCACCACGAAAAGAACGUAAAGGUGGUUUGUGGCGUCUGUUUAAAAGAUAG